GACGCCUUUCUCGCGAGAGGAAACGUGGCGUCGGGAUUUUCUCUAAUACUAGGAACUGCUGGGAUAUUGCAGUUAACAGAUUAUCGGGAGGUGUAAGUAGCGAUGUGGAACUGCGGGCGGUGUUAGGGAAGGUUGGACAGUGUGUACUUAUUGGGCUAUCGGGCACCCUGCUCUCCGUGAGAUGUGCACUUCGGAAGGAAAGGUGCCUGCAUGUUAUUUGCCGUAUACAGCUUUCCGUACUGCACGUUUUGGCAUACAAGUUUAAAGUCCCGGGAAAGCCCUUCAGAAGUCUGCCAUUCAUUGUCAACAAUGGGGCAGUAAUCAUAGAAAGUGCAGAACACCCGGGUCCCCAUUAAGAGAUAAACCUAUCGGCGGCUCUUCCCACUUUCCCAGAUGAUGGUGGCCCUGUAUGCAGUGUUAUCUUAAGGUUUAGAGAUGUAUGCAUAUGAUGAGACCGGCUGCUGGAUUGAUUUUUAUCUCCUGGAAACCUGCCAAGUAAAUUACAGUGGGAUUCAAUGCAAAUCCUAAAAUAGAAAUAUUUUGCUCACGAUUAUUAGGAAUUAUGUUGGCUCACUUGGAAAUUUAGCGAAAGAGGCUGGCAAUCUAAACAUGGAACAUGGACUAUUGUAGGUGCAACUGCUAUGGUUUGAUGUUCUAUUCAUGCUGGAUCGUCUCUGCUGCUUCCUGUAACGUGUCAUCAUUUAGUGUUCCGUUUAUCAUCAAAGAAGGGAAGCAGGAGACUUAAAAAAAAAAAGCCCUUAAUGUGCCAAAUGUGAAGAAACAUGUUGGUUUAGGAUUCUGCCUUUUCUUUUGUGUGAAAAACGGUUGGGUUCUUUUUUGUUGAACGCUAAGGAUUUUUUUUUUUUUUUUCAAGCAUCUUUCUAUUUUUGCUUUCCUCAUUUAUUAUAAUUUUUUUGUCAUAGUAGUUCAACAUCAACUUUCAACACUGCUUAAUAAAAUAAACCACUAUUUUAAAGGUGUGUAUAUACAAAACAUUAGUCAGUGCAUAUCAGUUACUACACUUUUCAGGUAUUGUUUUUUUUUUUAUCAUUUGGUGAUGCUGAAUACAAAACAGUGGAGAGUGCCUCAAGAUAUUUGCAGAACAGUAAACAUGCUGUUGAGGCCAUAAGCUAAACUUCAUUACUGCUCAUAUGAAUGCCACAACAAAUGACCAUUGCCAUCAAACUUUGACGUGCAGAAUAAAAAGCACACUGGACUAUUCACAGUUUAGCAUCUUUCCUCCAUAGCUUGUGCAUAUUUUGAUUUUUCCUGUGUUACUUGCAGAUGUCUACAAAGUCAACGAUUUAACAUUUUUUAACCUGGGUUUCAAGCCACAAGGUAAAAAAGGCAAAUAAGACAAUAAACAUGUUAACACAACAUCUUUGUAAACAAGAAGCAAGGCUUAUGUGUUCAUAGUCCAUUUGACAGCACCUUUUUUUCAUUAACAAGCAAUUUAAAAGCUGCAGAAAGACUAAGUUGCAUUUAUUUGAAGAAUUUGCGUUUGUGGGUUUUUGCCCCUGCCAAAACAUUUCCUUUCUACAUAGGAUUAAAAAGGAAACACAUUCACUAUAACUGAAGAAUUAAGGAAGUGGCCCAAUGAAAGAGUGUGGCUAUAGUGAAAUAAACACUCGUGGUACAUCCCCCAUGGAGUCUCCUCACAUAAAGAAGAAGGCUACUAUACAGAGAAAAUGGGAAGUUUUCCCUGGGAGGAACAAGUUUUAUUGCAAUGGUCGGGUUAUGAUGGCGAGACAGACAGGAGUCUUCUACCUCACACUGAUUCUUAUCUUGGUCACCAGUGGUCUCUUCUUUGCAUUUGAUUGUCCAUAUUUGGCUAUGAAGAUUACACCCGCAAUUCCUGUUAUAGGUGGGAUACUAGUCCUUUUUGUAAUGGGGACCUUGCUACGGACCAGUUUCAGUGAUCCUGGGGUUCUUCCCCGUGCCACCCCAGAUGAAGCUGCAGAUUUGGAAAGACAAAUAGAUGUCGCCAAUGGCUCUACUUCAGGUGGCUAUCGGCCUCCUCCUCGAACAAAAGAAGUUGUUAUCAAUGGACAGACUGUGAAACUGAAAUACUGUUUUACCUGCAAAAUAUUCCGCCCACCUCGUGCCUCUCAUUGCAGUUUGUGUGAUAACUGUGUAGAGCGCUUUGAUCACCACUGUCCCUGGGUGGGAAACUGCGUGGGGAAAAGAAACUACAGAUUUUUUUAUAUGUUCAUUUUAUCGCUGUCCUUUCUGACAGUAUUUAUAUUUGCAUUUGUUAUAACGCACGUCAUUCUUCGUUCGCAGCAAAGUGGAUUUCUUAAUGCCUUAAAGGACAGUCCUGCAAGUGUUCUGGAAGCCGUGGUUUGUUUUUUUUCGGUUUGGUCAAUCGUUGGACUUUCCGGUUUUCAUACAUAUUUAAUCGGCUCAAAUCAAACUACAAAUGAAGAUAUUAAAGGAUCUUGGUCUAGUAAAAGAGGCAAAGAAAACUAUAACCCGUAUAGCUACGGCAACAUCUUUAAGAACUGCAGUGCUGCUCUUUGUGGACCAGUGAAUCCAAGCUUAAUUGAUAGAAGAGGGUUUGUGCAAGCUGAUAUGGCACAGGCAGUCUCCCCAUCCAAUGGACUGACCAUGUAUGGAUCUACCCAAUCUGAAAGCAAUAUGUGCGACCAAGACCAGUGCAUUCAGAGCACCAAAUUCGUUUUGCAGGCCGCAGCUACGCCACUUCUUCAGAAUGAGCCCUCUGUAACCAGCGAUGAACUGCCAUUGCCUAGAAAGGCUUCCAUACCUGCACCGUGUACCUCUUUAGCACUCGGGCAACCAACACCACCUUCUUCGAUGCCAAAUCUUAAUUCAGAAUCCAUUUUAACAGACAUGAUACCAUUGAAAGAAGACCUUGGAAACCAUCAGUUCCUAACACCAGAUGAGGCACCUUCACCUCCAGGGAUGCUGCCAGUGACUAGCCCAGUGGCUCAUAGCCAUACAAUGCAUGUCCUAAAUCUGGUCACUCAAGACUCUUUGCAUGAAGAUUCUGUGCGUGGUCUUGUGAAACUCAGCUCUGUCUGAUCAACUGUGAUUCCUACAAUUAUCAGAAUGCACACCUUUUAAUCCCUGUGAUAUGCUUGCACUGUGUUAUGAGAAAUGUGCAUAGUACAGUGACACUCCGUUUACAAUGGCUAAAGCUCUAAGGCCAGUGCAGAAAGUUUUGUUGGUGACUUUUUUUUUUUUUUUUUUUUUUUUUUUUUUAAAACGGCCUCAGUUAAGAAAUCUUUGUUUUCCAGACCUUUUCUUACUUAUCAUCCAUGAUUGUAUAGCCUCUUUAUGAAUUGUGGUCUGUGUCAUCAUAAAGGACUUGGAGUAUUGUGUUACAAUACAUUGUAAUAAUGCUUUUAAAGAAAAUCAUUUGGAUGUACCAACUUGCACAAAAGCAAAUUCAGGAGAUGAGAUUCUCAAGGCAUUUUGAGGAUUGCUAGUUGUUUGGCCAGAAAACUAGGACUUCCAUACUUUUAGUAGCCUAACACACUGUACAAUGAAAACUGUAGAGAGAGAUCUUCAAUAGUCUUUCUAACAUUUUAAAGCAAUUUUCAUUCAGUACAUUUACUAAUUUGUGUUUUGAAAGCUGCAAAUACACUGCCCUCUGAGAUGCUGUUUUAUGGUGUUUUAAUCUUGAAAAACACAAACUGCUUUUUUUUGUAAUUGGUGUUACAAUAAAUACCAAACACCAAACUGACAAAAUAAAACUAUUUUAGUACUUUGUUAUAAUAUGGUCAGCUGAGCUUUACGACUAAGGGCUGCUACUGAAUCAUUGACUUAGUUCAUUGCACAUUAUAAUACAAUGAUGGUUUCCUUGUGUGCUGAGGUAUCUGGUGUACGUCCAAUAAAUAUACAUUUCUUUCU